AGCGGAACGCAACGGCGGGCGCAGGUUUGCGGAGGGCCGGUUUGAGCCGGGCACAGCGCCGCGCGGAGGGCGGCGGUGAGCCCAAGUCGAGGAGCCGGCAUGAAGGAGCUGGCGCCCGCCGUGAAGAUGGAAUGCGACAUUUUGGAUGCGCUGGAGACCCUGGGGUACACUGGUCCUCUGCUGGAGGAGGGAGCCCUGAACAAAGCAGCAGAAAAUGGAUUGUCUUCACCAGAGUUUUUUGAGCUUUGUGUUUGGUUAGGUUCCCAAAUAAAGUCACUUUGUAAUAUGGAAGAAAGCAUCACUGCAGCAGAUGGUGAUAAAGAUAUAGAGAGCUUCCAGCUUGAGAUUAGUGGCUUUCUGAGAGAAAUGGCUUGUCCGUAUUCAUCACUUAUAUCUGGAGACAUCAAGGACAGAUUAAGAGAAAAAGAAGAUUGUCUUAAACUCCUCUUAUUUCUAAGUACAGAACUUCAGGCUUUAAAGAUACUGCACAGCAAGAAAAUGAAAGGCUCUCAUUUGGAAAAACACAAUGAAAUUUACCAGGAAGUGCAAGCUAUUUGCAAUGCACUGGGCCUGCCAAACUCCUCAUCUUCUGAAAUUCCUCCCUUGUUAACCAAUGUGGAACAAAAGAUAAAGGACAUUCUCUCAAAAGUUCAAAAUAACCAUGUGGGGAAGUCACUACUAACAAAACCUCUGAAUUCUGAACAAGUGGAAAGAUUGGAAAAAAUCAAUGAUGCUCUUCGGAGCGAGUACGAAUGUCGCCGACGCAUGUUAAUGAAGAGGCUGGAUGUGACAGUACAGUCUUUUGGCUGGUCUGAUAGAGCAAAGGUAAAAACAGAUGAUAUAGCACGAAUCUAUCAGCCCAAGCGCUAUGCAUUAUCUCCAAAGUCAACUAUUACAUUAGCUCACCUUCUUGCUGCUCGAGAAGAUUUGUCAAAGAUCAUAAGAACAAGUAGUGGAUCAACACGAGAAAAUACAGUCUGUGCGAUCAAUAAGGUUCUGAUGGGGAGGGUACCUGACCGUGGAGGCAGACCAACAGAGAUUGAACCACCUCCUCCUGAAAUGCCUCCUUGGCAAAAGAGACAAGAAGGUGGUGGAAGAGGUGCCUGGGGAGGUGGAGGUGGGGGUGGAAGGGGCAACUGGGGGGGCGGAGGGGGUAGAGGAGGAGGAGGUGGGGGGGGGUUUGGAGGUGGGGGGGGGUUUGGAGGUGGGGGAGGGUUUGGAGGUGGGGGAGGGUUUGGAGGUGGGGGUUUCAGGGGUGGUGGAAGAGGUGGAGGUGGCUUCCAGAGUGGCAGGGGAGGUUAUGGUGGCAGGGGAGGCUAUGGUGAUCCUUAUGGCAGCAGAGGAGGGGGAGGAUACCGAAGAUACUGAAAUAGUGUAAAUAUUAACAGUAAUUGGCAAAAUAUAGUGGUGGUGUUUACUGGUGUCAGGAAUUUAGAUACUUUAACUUGGGUUUAGGUUAGAAUUAAGUAUUAACAUUACACCAACUGAUGUUGUCAUUGAAUUCUUUUAGUUAGCUGAGCAGAACUUUUAUACUAAACUGUGAUGACUAAAGUCCUUUUUUUUCGUACUGUUCAUAUGGUGUUUUUAAUGUACUUUUAUUUAAACUAAGCCUCAGAAAACUGAAUAAAACUCUUUCUAAAAAAACAGAUGUUAUUUAAUAUUCAAGCUUCUCAAAUUAUUGCAUGUCACAUGUCCACUCCCCUGAUCCAAAUUUCUGUGUAGAAAUAUCAAAAUAGGCCUAAGAACCUGAUGGAAACACUUGAAAAA